AUGUCAAUUAAAACGUAUCCGAUUUUUACAUUCCGUUGGCUCGCAGUUCAUGCAUUAGCAGUACCAACAGUAUUCUUCCUUGGUUCAAUUACAGCAAUGCAAUUUAUUCAACGUUAA